GAAGGCACCGAAGGCAGCGGCAGGACAGAGGAGCGCGGCCGGAGCUGGCGAGAAUGGCGAGCCCGCAUCGGCAGAGGCGGCGGGGAACAGCCGGGCGGGUGCUGCUGCCCGCGUUGCUGCUGGGCUUGUGCUGCCGGGCGGCGCCGGAGCGGAUCCGCUACUCCAUCCCCGAGGAGCUGGGCAGAGGCUCGCUGGUGGGGCCGCUGGCGCGGGACCUGGGGCUGAGCCCGGCCGAGCUGCCGGUACGCAAGCUGCAGCUGGCAUCUGCCGCUGCAAGACCGGCGAAAUACUUUACCUUGAACGAGAAGGACGGGAAGCUGUACGUGAGCCAGAGGCUGGAUCGGGAGGAGAUGUGCGGCGAGGCGGCGUCCUGUUCCGUCAGCUUCGAGGCGCUGGUGCAGAACCCGCUGAACGUUUUCCAUGUCGAGGUGGCCAUCCAGGACAUCAAUGACAAUGCCCCGGCCUUCAGCAAGGCUGCUCUGGACCUUGAGAUCGGUGAAUGGACGCUUCCUGGUGCUCGUUUUCCGCUGGAGACUGCCCAAGAUGCUGACGUGGGCAGCAAUUCGCUGCUGACUUACCAGCUCUCUAGCGACCCGUCCUUCACUCUGGCCAUGAAUAAGGGCCCAGAUGGAAUCUACCAGCCGGAACUAGUGCUGGAGAGAGCUUUGGACCGGGAGAACCAAAGCUCUUUUCAUCUGGUGCUGACGGCACUGGAUGGUGGCGAUCCCGUGAGGUCCGGAACUGUGCAGGUUCGCAUCAACGUGAUGGACGCCAACGACAACGCGCCCGUGUUCGGCAAAAGCACCUACGAGGCGCGAGUGCGGGAGAAUCUGCCAGCAGGGUCGCUGGUGCUGCGUGUGCGGGCAACAGAUGCAGAUGCGGGCUCCAACGGACAGAUAUUCUACUCCUUCAGCAACGUCCCAGACAGCGUCCGUGCACUGUUCAGUGUCAACAGCGAGAGCGGGGAGGUCCGGACGACGGGGCCACUGGAUUUCGAGAACAAGAGCAGAUAUAGCUUUGGCGUGGAGGCACGCGACGGCGGCGGCCUUAAGGCUCAUUGCAAGGUGCAGAUAGACAUCGUGGACGAUAACGACAACGCACCCGAGAUCAAGUUGCUGUCAGUGUCGAGCCCAGUGCCCGAGGACGCGCCGUCGGGCACGGUAGUGGCGGUCCUGAACGUGAACGAUCCGGAUUCUGGCGAGAACGGUCAGGUGUGGUGCGAACUCUCAGGCGAGGCGCCACUGUCGCUGGUGGCAGCGUCGUCGAGCGGCUCCUAUAAGGUGGUGACGUCGAGAGCGCUGGACCGGGAGCAGGCGCCCGAGCACCGCGUGACGGUGGUGGCCAGGGACCGGGGCAGCCCGUCGCUGUCGAGCAGCGCGACGCUGGUGCUGGAGGUGUCGGACGUGAACGACAACGCGCCGGUGUUCGAGGAGGCCGCGUACAGCGCCUACGUGUCGGAGAACAACGCGGUGGGCGCGCCGGUGGUGCGCGUGGUGGCGCGGGACGCGGACGCGGGCGCCAACGGGCGCGUGAGCUACGCGCUGGCGGGCGGCAGCGCGGGCGCGGCGGCGUACGUGUCGGUGGAGGCGCGGAGCGGCGAGCUGUACGCGCAGCGCUCCUUCGACUACGAGCAGUGCCGCGAGUUCGCGGUGACGGUGCGGGCGCAGGACGGCGGGGCGCCGGCGCGGAGCUCCACGGCCACGGUGCGCGUGUUCGUGCUGGACCGCAACGACAACGCGCCGCGGGUGCUGUGGCCGGCGCCGGCAGCCGGAGCGGGGGCGGCCGCGGCGGCGUCGUCGGCGUCGGGUCCGUUCGAGGUGGUGCCGCGGUCGGCCGAGGCCGGGUACCUGGUGGCCAAGGUGGUGGCGGUGGACGCGGACGCGGGGCGCAACGCGUGGCUGUCGUACGAGCUGGUGUCGGGGCCGGCGGAGCCGGCGCUGUUCCGCGUGGGGCUGCACAGCGGCGAGGUGCGCACGGCGCGGGCCGUGUCGGAGAGGGACGCGGCCAAGCAGCGGCUGGUGGCCGUGGUGAAGGACCACGGGCAGCCGGCGCUGUCGGCCACGGCCACGCUGCACGUGGUGCUGGCCGAGAGCUUGCAGGAGGCGCUGCCGGAGCUGAGCGAGCGGCCGGCGGGCGGCGAGGCGGCGGCGGAGCUGCAGUUCUCGCUGGUGCUGGCGCUGGCGCUGCUCUCCGCCCUCUUCCUGCUGAGCGUGGCGCUGGCCGUGCUGGCGCGGCUGCGCCGGGCCGGGCCGCCCGCCGUCCUGCGCUGCCUGGGCGCGCAGCGCUUCUCCGUGGCCGGCGCCGCCUUCCCGGCCGACUUCUGCGAGGGCACCUUGCCCUACUCCUACAACCUGUGCGUGGCGCCGGCCCGCGCCGUGCCCGAGGCCGCUUGGCCGCCGCCGCCGCUGCCCAGCGUGCCGGCGGAGGAGCUUCUGGGCGGGGAGCCGUGCGGGAAGCGGAGCCCGAGCGGCAGCGCCUUAGCGGGAGAGCCGCCCGCCGAUCCCGACGCACCGCAGGUCAGUAAGCGCACGCGCUCCUUGACUUCGAGCCUUCCCUAA